ACAAUGUUAUUUUUCCUACGUUAUCAUUCAAGUUGUAUAUAUCAUAACCAAUAAUGAAAUAAAUCACGGUCAAAAUCGUGCCACAAAAUAAGACGACACAACCAAAAGCAAACCCAUAAACCAUCUUCCUUCUCUAACCCUAAUCCUAAUUAUAAUCCUAAGUACUUUAUGAGCAAACUUUAUAAUCAAUAAUUAUUAUAGCAAGUCCUCCAUAAUUACUCAAGAAAUAAAUGCAAAAAAUUCAAAAAAAAAAAAAUCAAGACCUAUCACGUGCAAACCGUUCUUAUGCAUCUUCCCACCACCCUCAUCAUUCACACAGUAUCCCACUCUCUCUCCUCUCCCUUAUUCUUCGAAAGUGGGCCUUUUUCUUAAUCUUAAUCUAAAGCUAAAAAAUGCUUCAUUUCUCUCGUUGUCAAUAACUUCAUUUACCAGAAUUACUUAGUUGUCUUCUUUCUCAUGAUUUUCUCCUAAUUUCUUCCAAGUUAUCUGUCAUUUUUAUUUGCCAACUUUGGUUAUAAUUUGAUAAGAUCUUGCAAAAAUCUAUGGGUGAAUCAUUAGUUGAGGCUCCAAAAGUUGAUGCCAAGAUGGGUGAGUCUUUUGCACUCCCAUGUCUUCAAGAAUCAGUGUCAUUUGGUAGAUUUGAGCAUGAUUCUCUUUGUUGGGAGAGAUGGUCUACUUUCCCAACAAACAAAUACUUGGAGGAAGUUGAGAAGUGUUCUACACCUGGAUCGGUUGCGCAAAAGAAGGCGUAUUUCGAGGCUCAUUAUAAGAGGAUUGCUGCUCGGAAAGCUGAGUUAUUGGAUCAGGAAAGGAAGAGAGAGGAAGAGGAAUAUGCGAAUUUGGGAGAUCGCAUUCCAGUGGGUUCGAUGUGUAACACCAGUGAGGAAGAGUUUGAUGCGGAGAAAUCAAGUACUCAGAACUCUGUUGAUGGAACUGAGGUGCUAGGUGAAGUUGGUGAAUUCACUGAUGAAGUGAGUGUUAAGCAUAUUGAUAUUGUAGACUAUGGUGCUGAUAUCAUAAUUGAAGAAGAUGGAGUUGCAGAUCUCACUAGUGAGGUGAGUGAUUAUAGUGAUGAAGUGAGUGGUCGUGUUGAUGUAGAUGAAUUAAAUGAAGAGGCAGAUAUCAUGGUUGAACAGAGGGAGCACAUUGAUGAACUGAGUGACCAUUUUGAUUUCAUUGAUGAAGUGACAGAUAUCAUGGUUGAACAGAGUGAGCAUAUUGAUGAACUCAAUGACGAGGCUGGUGUGGCCGAAGAAAAGAAGGAUAUACAGCCUGAGCAUUUUGAGGAGGUAAUUAAUGGUGCUAAUAUGAUCAAAGAAAAUAAGGAUAUACAGCCAGAGGAUACUGAUGGGACUGGUGUGGCUAAUGAAAAGAGGGAUUUAUUGCCGGAGCUUAUUAUUGACUCUAAUAGUGGCACUAACUUGAUCAAAGAAAACAAAGAUAUACAGACCCAGCUAGUGGAUGUGAAUGAAGAUUCAUGUCUUAAAGUGGAAAUCCCUCCUAUAGAGAAACCAGAUGAACCUGUUUUGGUGAAAGAAGAUACUGCUUCAGCACGAGUGUGGCAUGAUAAGGAGGUAUUGCCUCAAGAAAAGGUUGAAGAACGAAAAGUUGCAGAGAAAGGAACUAAAAACCCAGUAAAAUUGGUUGAUCCAAUGAAAACGAAGAAGAAGACAACUGAUACCCCCAAUUCUAAUAAAAAACCAGCAUCACCAAUCCCUGCAACUUUAGUGAAGAAGAAAACUGAUAAAACAAGUUCUAAUAAAAAAUCAGCAUCGCCAAUCCCCGCAACUUUGGUGAAGAAGACAACUGAUACAACAAAUUCUAAGAAAAAACCUGCAUCUCCAAUCCCGAAAAAACCUGCUGCAUCAAUGCCAAAGUCACCAAUGAUGUCUACUCCUAAGUCAUUGAAGCCUGAGUUGACAAAAACUGCUAAGUCUACCACACGGCCAUCAGUUCAGAAGGAAAAUGGUUGCACUCCACUGACAAGCAAGAAAGCAACUAGACCUGAAAGUAAGAGAGUACUACCUACAUCCUUGCACAUGUCUUUCAGUUUAGGACCAGCUCAUUCUGAUUCAGCAUCACUUACACCAAUGAGAAAUUCGUUGAUCAUGGAGAGGAUGGGUGAUAAAGAUAUUGUAAAACGAGCAUUUAGGGCCUUUCGAAAUGUCAAUCAACUUUCAGCGUCUAGUUUAGUGAAACCGACUACACCAAAUCAGUCUACAACCAAAAGGAUUGAAGUGAAGGUUACUACGCCUGACAAUGCUCAAAAGAAAAAGGAAGGGUAGAUGCCAGGGUAUAAGCUUCCGGUCAAUCGAGGUGAGCAGGUUGUCACAGGGCGAGUGCAGGGAAACUGUCAGCACGUGACAAGGUGACCAUAUAAUUAAGCAGAUUGUUUUUGUAAUCGCAGUCCAGCCGUUCAGGACAAGUCUCAUACUAUUAAUAGUCAAAGUGGUGUAUCACACAGAAGUUAAUUAUCAUUUUGGUGCGGAGUAAAUAGGUCUAUCACUGAGAAAGCUAGAUGUAUAAAGGAGCAGUUACAUAGUUAUAACUAAUAAGUAAGUUUAAGUCUUAUGUGGCCUGAAAAACACGAGGGCAAAAAAUGUACAUCUGAAUUAUUUCAAUUUCAAGAUAUAAAUAUAGGAUUGUCCUUAUAUUCCUAAUAUUAUGGGUCCAUCAAUAAUGUUUUACUGUAUCCUUGAAUCUAUAAUUAAAAUUGUUGUAUCCACCACCCUUGUUUGGUAUGAUGUUGGCCAAUAAUAUGCAUUGUUAUUAA